AUGAAUGAAUUUAACGAUUUCAAAUAAUUGCGUUAAAAUUACUCAAAUGCUUUGGAGAAAAACAUCCAAAAACUUUAGGGUAGAUUAAAGGCUCUAAAUAAUAACAUAAUAAACUCUACAUCAGCCUAAAAAAUAACAAUGACGAAGAAUCCCUCAGAAGUGAAAUCAUUAAGAUCAUCCUGCUUAUUUCCAGACAACAAUUUGGCAUCACCAACUGACAGAUUCGAGAACAGUCAAGUCUUUGCUAAUUAUAACAGAUACAGCAGUCUCGAUGUCCCUUAAGCAAGUCAAGGGGCUUAAAAAAGCAAAUAAUCGCCAGAUGUUUUUGAAAAUAUUUUUUUGAAAUAAUCUUACAUUCCUUAUGAAUAGAAAUAGAUAAAGUAGGCGAGUAAAACUAAGCAGAAAAACACUCAAAGCAACACUUUGAAGAUAACAAAAAAAGUAGACAAAAAUCCUUUAAGCAAUCAAAUGAAUAGUCAAUCUCUGUAAAAUAUCAAGAAGAAAGAUGAUAUUUCAUAAGAUAAAACACUAAAAAGGAAUCCUGAGAAAAAGAAAGCACUAAUCCCAUCGGCUGCUUAAUCAAAGACUAAGAAUACAUCGCGUUCACCCCAGAAGCAAAGAGUCAAAUAAAAUAAACAACAAACACCCUAAUAAAAUCAACAGAAACCAUUGCUAAACGACAUUUUGAAAAAAUUUGUUUCCUCCAAAACUAGUUUAAGCAGAACCAUAUCCAAAUCCAAAUCGAAAUCCAAGUCAAAAUCAAAGUCCAAAUCUCCUGAAAAAGAAUCUACUUCUUUUAAAAAAAAACUCAAAUCCAGAUCAAGAGAGCAAGCCAUACACCAUUAUAAUGAACAAAUUACAUCCUAGUUUAGUCCAAUACAAGAGAAGUUCCAGAUGAGGAAUAUUGACUACUCGCCCAGUCUAUUACGCUAAGUGAGGACUUUAAGUAAAAAGAAGGGAAUCAGCAAAUCAAAGCAAUCCUUACAAUAAUAGCAAUAAUAAGUUACCAAUCCCAGUCCAAAUAAGGUGUCUGAGAUACACACUCUGAGAUUGAAGCAUUUAUUGAGGGAGAAAUCAAGUAAAUAGGACAAAAAGGCGAGGAAUCAAAUACGGACUACUGAGUCUCCGAUUUAAAUUAGAGAUUAUAAAAUUGAUGUUCCCCAAAUUAAGAGUCUUGAAGAUCAGCCAAAGGAUGAUUCCAAACCAAGUUCUGUAAGACUCAAUACUUUAUCGAUUUAAAGAUCUGAUGAAAAGGAUCGAAGUGUUUUGAUGAAUAUUUUCAAUGAAUUGAAAAAUUUAUCUGAGGAUCAAAUUCAAUAGUUUUAGCAAAUAUUAAAGUAAAUUAGAGUGGAAAGAAAGGAUGAGGAAUUGCAAACCUCCAUUUCCUAUAUAAAUUAGGUGGUAGAAAAUCAGAAAGCCAACAACCAAGCAAAUCAAAAGAAUAAUAUUUUGGAAAGUCAUUUGAAGAUGGCAUUGGAAGAAUUCCCUAAAAAGUCUCAUGCAUCGUCGCCGAUGUCAAACAGUAGUUUCAUUUUUAAGAAGGAGUUCCUGACAAAUUCUUAAAUAGAAGACAUAUGCUAAUAGAGGGAGAAAUUAGAGUAUAAAAUUGAGGGUGAACAGUCAGAUGUAGGCAUUUUAGAAUUUGUUGCAGUAGUAAAAAAUAUCUCCGAGAUCGUUCCAUCACAAUAAAUAAUUGGUUUAAUCGUGGUUUUCAAAGCAGGCAGAUUAAUUGUCGAAAUUCAAGAGUGA